GUUCGUAGACAUUUUCGUUUCGUUGUUUUCUCAAGCUCCCGUCGAGAAAUUUAUUAAAAAUUAAUAACUCACAACUUAAAUUAAGUGAAUUACAAAUGUACCGAACUUGGUAGUAUAUUCCCCAGAGAUUUUUUAGAAAAUAUGGGAGAGUAGUGCAAAAAUUUUUUGGUGUACAAUAAGUGUUUGCGUGUUGUGACAUGACUGUUUUUAACAAGAGAUUCUUUAAUUAAUGUUUGCUAAUGGGCGAAAUGUCCUUUAUUAUGCAGAGAUUGGGGAUUUGCAAAUGAAAAUCGCGAAGAGACAAUGACAAUUAAGAACACACCUCUUCCUAAUCCAUAAAUGCAAUAUUCAAGCGAGCACAAGACACAAAAACCCAAAUCCAAAAAUUGUGCAAAGGGGAAAAAGCGAAGGUGUUGAUUUCGGCUUACUUACCGAGAUCUAUUGAACCCACCCUUGCAAAAGCGCAAAGAAACAAAAAAAAAAAAUUAGUGAGUGAAUAGUGCAAGUAAAUUAGAAGGAAGGAAAGUACGAACAGCGAAAUACGAAAAAACUUGGCCAAGAACAAGUAAAUUAAUUCACAAAAACAAUUCAAUUUAGAAAAUUGUGUACAUGUGUGCCUUUGUGUUUUAUAGGAUAAAAUAGACCACAGACAUUAUGCAUAUAAGUGAACGCGAAGAAAAGCAAGUUAUUCCAGGUCUUCUCUUGCGAGUGAGUGCGUUGAAUUAUGUGCAUUUAAACCAAAUAGCUUCCAAUAAGCCCCUUUAAAUUCCAUAUAUGAUUUAAGAAAAUUCAAUAUUCCAUAUUUAUAAAUUUUCUUCCAUACAAGCAAUAAGAAUAGUAGAGUAGUUUUAGUCAGUGUUGUUGCUCUGCUCUGCUGAGAGCACAAAACUGCACAGUACUACCUCCAAAUAAGGUUUUAUUAUUUGAAUUAAUAAGUGGUGUCUGUGAAAUCGUAAUCGUGCAAAAAGUCUCCAAUAGGCCAAACGUAAAGCAACGAACAAAAUUGUCUGUUUUUGCGUUCAACUGCAUGUGUUUGUGUGUGUGUGUACGAUUGUCGGUGCGUGCUUGUGUUUUUGUAUGGAAACACAAAAUUUUAAAAUUUUGCUGUUUUUUCGUCGUGGUCGUCGUUGUCGUUCCUUGGAGUUUAUGUUUAUUGAGCCAGAUUUGCACAACGACAAGUCAUAAAACAACAAAUUCCAUUGAAACUCCAAUCAUCAGCCCAAAAUGGAUAGUUCGAGUGCCGUGGGACGGCGCCGUGUUAAUUCUCGUGUAAAUGCAGAGGAUCAAGCUUUGGAUCAAAUCGCUAAAGAGGCUGAAGCCAGAUUAGCCGCCAGAAGGCAGGCCAGAGCAGAGGCUCGUGAAAUACGAAUGCGAGAGUUGGAACGACAACAACAGCAACAGGAGCUGAAUGCUGAUCGUGCAUUCGAUAUGCAUACAACAGCAUCGGGUAUAGAUCCUUUAUCACGAACACGACUAGGAAUGGGGAGUGCAUCACCAGCAAUUAGUGGCUUAUUAAAUUCUUCAAGGGGUGCCAAUUCAAUGUCUUCAAGACGUAGCAGUGAAGAUUCUCUAGAAGAGGAAGGACGGAGUUUAAGGGAUAUCCGCCAUGAGUUAAAGGACGUGGAGGAACGAUUUCGUAAGGCCAUGAUUGCCAAUGCCCAACUGGAUAAUGAGCGUGCUUCACAGACUUAUCAAAUACAAUUGCUUAAAGACAAACUGGAGGAUAUGGAAGAAUCGUAUGCCCAGCUGCAGCGUGAAUUCAAAGAAAAAUCACGUGAUUGUAAUGCCCUUAAGCGUUCACUGGACAAGCUGAGUGAAGAAUUGAAGCUGGUUCAAGGACAACUUAAUGAAAGGGAUACCCUAAUUGCGGAACAAGGUUUAGUUAUUGUUGCUGUUGAAAAUGAGGAUGGCACAGAUGCCAAACGUGCUCUAGUCAGCGUAGAAAAUGCACAAUUAUUAGGAUCAGUUCAGGGUUCUUUAGAUGUACGACUUAAGAAAUUCACCGAAGAAAAACAACUGUUACAGUCAGAAGUCCAGCAAUUGCAAGAACAAUUGGAGACAUACAAAAGUCAAGGCAAAGGUAGAGGACGGGGAAAUUCAUUAAAUGGUCCUUUGGGUUCAGACGAUGACGACUAUGAAGCUCAACGAGAAGCAAAUAAAAUAAUAUCGGACUAUAAGUAUAAAUUGCAAAAAGCUGAACAAGAAAUUGCUAGUCUACAGUCAAGUUUAGCCAGAUCAGAAACUCAAGUUAUAAGAUAUAAAAGUACGGCCGAAGCAGCUGAGAAGGCAGAAGCAGAACUGAAAAUUGAAAGAAGGAAACUGCAAAGAGAGAAUCGUGAGGCCAUGGAAAAACUUGAAGAGUUGGAGACAUCUAAUAAUCAUCUCAUUAAACGGCUGGAUAAGCUAAAGAAUGCAAAGAGUGCUCUGCUCAAGGAUCUUUGACCAUUAUAUGGCUAUGAACGCAUGUCUCAAAUAAAUGAUGCGACUAGUAAGGUUGAUAUUGAGGAUUCAAUUACAACAACUGGAAAAUCAUCUUCUACAUCACCAAAGCAGCCACACACUUAUAAUGCCCAUAGCAGAAAUGGUUCCGGUACUAAUAAAGUCAAUGGCAGCAAACUGCAUAAAACGAAUGGCCAUUGAAGUGUCUCCCUACUAUUACCCAUCCACUCCCUAAAAACAUACCUUACACCAUGUAUUUUUGUUUGUUAUAAUGUUGUGUUGUUGCUAAAGCUUCGUGUCUGUCAGUCAGUCGGUUAGUUAUUCAUAUUUUAAUUAAACCUCUUCCAAUCUCUCUCACACAUACACGCAAAAUAACGUCUAAUUCAUAAGAAUGCAACAGGAAACGAGAUUGCAACAACAAAAUUAUAACAUACACAUGCAUAUAUAUAUAAAUAACAAUAUAUAUAUAUUUAUAAUAUAUAAUAACAACAAUUAACACAAAAUGAAAAAGGAAGCAAAAACAAAAACAACAAACGGUCAAAUAACGCUGCAACGCUCUCUGUAUGCGAUAAACGAUAAUCUAUUACCUAUGUAUGUAUAUUUGUAUACAUUUAUUAUUAUUAUAUUUAAUACAAUGUAUUUGUAGUCGAAAAAAUUAUAAAGUUUUUUAUUAAUAUUUUAUUUGUUGAAAUAUUUAUUUUAUUUUUAACCUGAAGUAAAACAAAUCUAGAAUUUAAAAUUUUUUAUUAAUUUUAUCGCGGAAAAAAAGCGAAACAAAAAUCGCCAAUCAAUCAAAACCUAGUUAUGACUAACAAACUGAGAAAAGAAAACCCCCUCACAGCCACAUACAUACAUACAUACACAUAACUACACAAACACCAAACAGCAAAGUACCCACGCAACAAACAAAUUGUUUUGUUGCCGGUCAAAUUAACUAAAAAAGGCCAUAAAUAAAUAAAAGAAAUUUAUUGUUUUAUAAGCAAAUGUUUUUUUUUGUAUUAUUAGAAAAGUUUAAUAUGUAUGUAUAAACAAACUGCCUAUCUCUCGUUUAGAUUUUUUCAUUAUGCCUAUUUUGAAAUAUUAAGUGCCGCUCUCUCUCUCUCUCUCUUUCACUCUCUUACUCUCCAUCAAUUGCCUAAGUAUUUUUGUGUUUAUUUUUUUCUAAUUUCAAUUCCAAGCGCAAGUAAGGUGUAAAGUACUUAAAGAAGACUUACGCAAAAAAACACAUAUACAUGCAUAACUAGUAUAUUCCCACUUAUAUUACUAAACGAGCACAAUCCUUAGUGAAAAUUCCUCUCUAAUGUGAAAUGAUAAAUCAUUGUAAUAUAAAAAUAAUUCAUCUUGCCAUCAAAUUUUUAAAAAUAAAGCCAAAAUUGCUUAUACUGUACAGCACAGACCCUUAAACACAAACACAUACACACACAUAUACAAAAAUCCCAAAUAUUUACCUAACUACGAAGAAUUAAUUAAACCCAGUUUAUGUUUGUUAUUCUAAUUAAUAAUAGUGUUUUGCGAUAAAAAUCUAAAAUGAGAAAUUAGUUGCUUCGCACAUAACAUUUUUCUAAAACCCAAUAAUAAAAACAAAAUUAGGAGUAUGAACGAAAUAAAGAUAAACAAAAAAUAUCAAAUAAAAGUUA